GAAAUGGUGGCAGCAGAGUACUUUCGGCCGUUAUUGAAGACAGAGAAGAAGAAGAAGAGCGAGCGGAGCCGGAAGGACAGAGCCUAGCAGAAGGACGGAACCGUGAGCUAGCUAAGGAUGCUGACCAAUAUCUCUAAUGUGCUGCGGGCUUGUGCUCAGAGAAAUGGAGCUGCGUCAGUCGUGUCAGCACGCACAUAUGCUGACUUCACAGCCGAGGCUACCUUUGAAAUAAAGAAAUGUGACAUCCACAAGCUGGACGAGGCCCCGGCCACUCAGGUGGUUAUGACUCGUGAGGAGGGCCUGCAGUACUACCGCACCAUGCAGACCAUAAGGCGUAUGGAGCUGAAAGCAGAUCAGUUGUAUAAGCAGAAGAUCAUCAGAGGAUUCUGCCACUUGUAUGACGGCCAGGAGGCCUGUGCAGUUGGAAUCGAAGCGGGAAUUAAUUUGACAGACCACCUGAUCACUGCGUACCGUGCCCACGGCUACACUUACACCAGAGGAGGGACUGUGAAGGAGAUCAUGGCUGAGCUCACCGGCAGAAGAGGUGGUAUUGCAAAGGGCAAAGGAGGCUCUAUGCACAUGUACACUAAACACUUCUAUGGAGGAAAUGGAAUUGUCGGAGCUCAGGUUCCCCUGGGUGCUGGUGUUGCUCUGGCCUGCAAGUAUCUUGGCAACAACGAGCUUUGUGUCAGUCUCUAUGGUGAUGGUGCUGCCAAUCAGGGUCAGAUUUUUGAAUCCUACAAUAUGGCAGCGCUUUGGAAGCUGCCCGCCAUCUUCAUCUGUGAGAACAACAGGUAUGGCAUGGGCACGUCAGUGGAGCGUGCUGCAGCCAGCACAGACUACUACAAGAGAGGAGACUUCAUUCCUGGUCUCAGGGUGGAUGGAAUGGAUGUUCUGUGUGUUCGGGAAGCAACCAAGUUUGCAGCUGAUCACUGCCGAUCUGGGAAGGGUCCCAUGCUCAUGGAGCUUCAGACCUACCGCUAUCACGGACACAGUAUGAGCGAUCCUGGUGUCAGCUACCGCACACGUGAGGAGAUCCAGGAGGUCCGCGGUAAGAGUGACCCUAUCUCCAUGCUGAAGGACCGCAUGCUCAGCAACAACAUGGCCAGCGUAGAGGAGCUCAAGGAGAUUGAUGUGGCGGUGAGGAAGGAAAUUGAAGACGCUGCUCAGUUUGCCACCACAGAUCCUGAACCCCCACUGGAAGAAUUGUGCAAUCACAUCUUUUACAACAAUCCAGCCCUGGAGGUGCGCGGUACAAACCCAUGGGCCAAGCUGAAGUCUGUUAGCUAAAGUAUUUUCAUGCCCUCUUUUUCAUCACGUCCUCCACCCUCCAAUAAUAUAUAGUACACUCCCCACCCCCCCAAUAUUUACUAGAUUCUAAAUUUGCUUGAUUGAUGAUGAUCUUGGGUCACUGUUGAGGUGUAAGAAAGCAAAUGUCCAUCCAUCGCUGUUCAUCUCAUUAAGAGAAUGAUAUAUCAAUUCAGUUUUCAAUUUUAGUCUUUUUUUCUUUUUUUAUUUAACCUGUUACAAAGAACCAUAAGAGGCAGCAGGGUAAAGUCUGUUGUUACUAUCAACCUCCUCAAUAUAUAGACAAUGUUUUUCUUUUAAUAUAAUGUAAGAGAGGGUGAAGAAUACCAAUGGAAAGGUUUGAAAUAUUUUAAUUUAUCUUGCCAAACCAAAGGUGCCUGGCAGGUCUCAUGUUGUUUAGAGGAUGGAUGUGUCGUCUCAUGUUUGUGUCACUCCGAGCUGAGCAGCUGAUGCUAACACGUCUAAAAGUCAGAUGGUUGAAGACGGGUUCACAGUGGGUUAACUUUCAUGUGUUUAUUUUGCCGAUAUUCUGGUGCUCAGGUGCCUUCUUCGAGUUUCAUGACAAAAACAUAAACCGCUCAUUUUCAUGUAUUUGGAAAGGUUUUAUUCAAUUUUUGAUGUACAGGUGUGUAAAUAUUUACACUCAAAAAUGACCACAAGCUGAAACAUCUAUUGCGGAAACAACUCUGAAUGUUAACAUGAUGACUUAUAGUCAGAGUGCAUUCAUCAGCUAAACUUCGUAUUCCCAAGAGUAAAGUAUUGUUGAUUCAGUAGCUUUGUGUGCUACUUGUAUGUUUUGCUCAGAAGGUGUUUAGUGCUAUUUAAACACUUCAGCAGUGGUACAUUAUUGGCUCAGAUGUACAGGUUUACAUGGACAUUUUAAAUUUCAGUCUGUUUUUACAUACAUGAACACAUUAUUGUUAAAAAGGAAAAUGACUACACUAGGUAGGAAAAUAAAAACUUGCAUAUCAAGACUGCUAGCAGCGAGCUACCAUGUUAGUUUUCAGUCAUUGGUAUUCCUAAAUAUUGUAACAAGAGCUUGUAACCCUUUAAUGGGUACCAGAAGGGAAGGGCCUUGUCUCUGUAACGUGAAAAUUGUUUAGUCAAAUAAGAAGACGGACUAAAAUUUUAAAUGUCAAUACCUGUCUUAAUACAACCCACACAGUGUGAGUAUUUGUUGUAAUAAACUGUUACAUUGAGGGUGACAGAUGAUGCAGAGAAGCGCUCCAUGGAAACAUUGUUUUUAUGUGUGCGCCACUGCAAUAAAAAGACUAAGAUACUGUA